AUGGUUCUGGCUCACACUAUUCUCCUCAAGAUCAAGCCCUCGUUGAGCGAAGACCAGGCACACGACAUCCUCAAGGCCGUUGCCGCCCUGAAAGAUCAGCUCCCAGGAGUGGUUGAAUCUGUGCAUCUUGGUGCCAACUUUUCUGCUCGUUCCAAGGGUUAUACCCAUGCCUUCACAAUGAUCUUCAAGGAUAGAGCUGCACUCGAGACCUAUGAGAAAGCGCCUGAACACGUCAAGGUCGUUCAGGAAAUCAUUCGUCCCAACAUUGAUGAUCUCUUGUGUGUAGAUUACGACAUUAUUGAUUACUCUAAUCCUCGCAUGUAA